UUUUGCUGAUCAAGCGAAAUCUUCAGUGGACUUUGACCUCAAUGAAAGUUUGGAGGGCAUUAUUUGGGAAGCAAUUUGCCAAGUCAUUAUAAAUUCAUGUGUUUUCUUCAAAGAUCAGGACAUACAAGCCAGGAUAACAAGUGUGUCUGUGAAGGAGAUACAAAUCGAUGGCUUCUAAACGAGUCAAAAUUAUCAAGCACAACAAUAUCAGCGUCAAGUUCGAGGUUGACUCUCGCUACUCCCCCCUGGAGAGCAUUGGCACUGGGGCUUACGGUGUGGUGUGUGCGGCCAAAGAUAACAGAACUGGACAGAGAGUUGCUAUCAAGAAGAUACCCAAGGUCUUUGAAGUCGCUGUCAUUGCUAAACGAACCUUCCGAGAAUUGAAAAUUUUGAGACAUCUUCGUCACGAGAACAUCAUAUCGAUACUGGAUGUAAUGCUACCCCCGGAUGACCCCACCCAGUUCCAAGACGUGUAUAUUGUACUGGACCUAAUGGAGAGUGACUUGCAUCACAUUAUCCAUUCUGUGCAACCCCUCAGUGAAGAACAUAUCCAGUUCUUCCUGUAUCAAAUCCUCCGCGGUGUCAAGUACAUACACUCUGCCAACAUUCUCCAUCGAGACCUCAAGCCUAGCAAUCUACUCAUCAAUCGAAACUGCGAGCUCAAGAUUGGUGAUUUCGGAAUGGCCCGCGGUUUGUCCUCAUCACCCGAGGAGCACUCCACCUUCAUGACUGAGUACGUGGCUACAAGAUGGUACCGUGCUCCAGAGCUUAUGGUGUCGUUCAGCGAGUACACUUUUGCGAUUGACAUGUGGUCAGUGGGAUGUAUACUUGCCGAAAUGAUUGCUCGUCGUCAACUCUUCCCAGGAAUGAACUAUCUUCAUCAGCUACAGCUCAUUCUAGCCGUUGUGGGUACCCCCAGUGCAGAGUACAUUGAAUCCAUUGGGUCGGAUCGGGUCAAGACGUACCUCCAAGCAUUGCCCAAGAAAGACCCUGUCGACUUAUCGGUGCUGGAAGUUUUUCACGAUGCAAAUGAAGUGGUGUUGGAUCUAAUCGGCAAGCUGUUGCAACUGGAGCCUAAAAAGAGGAUAACUCCGGAGGACGCAUUGGAGCAUAAAUACGUAGCCACCUAUCACAACCCUCGAGACGAACCUGUGUGCACGCCCCCCUUUGAUUUUGAAUUUGAAAAGAAGCUUGUUAAGAAAGAUGACCUAAAGAUGGUGAUAGUAAAUGAGAUCAUGGACUACCACAAGAGUCGUCUGCCCAUCCCCUCCCACGACAAAGUGAUGGUGGAGCUGAGGAAGCACAUUGACAGGGAGAAGGUACGGGAGAAAAGUACGGAGGAGGAGGUCCCUGUCGUUAAAGAAGGCCCUCCACCCAAGACAAAGAAGACGACUGAUAAUAGGAAACGCAAGGGACCCAGCGGACAGGAGACUGACAAACGACGCAGGGUCAAACCUGAAUCAACUGAGGGUGACUUCUCGGAGCAAGACCUUGAGAACGUAGAGCGAUGGAAGCAUAUGCAGCAAUCCACCAAGCCAUUCCCUCACCCAAUACGCAAACUCAAGCAGAGCGAAAGUGGCGCUGAAACUGAGGCGUUAAUUCAAGAACAGGCAGAAGAGAUAGAGCGACUCAAAGGUCUACUCAACAACCAGCACAAGAUCAUUCUAGAGCAGAAAGAUCAGAUCAAACUCUUGCAGCAACAUCGGACAGCUUUGAUUCAGGAAUGUCAGCACUCGGGAACCAAGAUACCACCGGCUGUGCUCUCGGACAUUUCUAAACGUACUUCUCUUCAAGCACCACCGCCCCUCCUUCACUCCUCUUCUCAACAAUUGUGUCCUCAACAAUCAUCUGUCUCGGCAGCGCUGCCUCCACACCCUCACAUGAUGUCACAACACACGCCCCCUCCACACCUUCGACAACAAGUCACGUCUGUACACUAUCUCCAACCCCCUCCCAUACACACAAUGUCUACUGCAAAUGCUCCACACAAUAUUUCCCUCUCGACUGUGCCUGCCUACCCUCUGCCGCCUCACCAACAUUUCAUGCCCCCCAGACCUAUGCUACCCCCCCAUUCACUCAUGGAUCAACAUCAGGGACAAAUGAUGCAGCAAAUGCCUGUCGGAGUAAGGACUCGUUCAGCCACUCUCGGUGAUAUCUCGUUUUCUCCGUUGACUUCAAGCGAUUUCAAGAAACUGGAACGUGAGAACUUGCCUAACUUCAAUCCGUUCCCAGAGGACCUCGAGAAUAUACUGGACAUUGACAUUUCAGGUCUCCCGACAGGUGCAGGAUAUGGAGUGGGCAUGUCCGAGGAGGAGGAGCUUAUCAGGUCACCUCUGAGGAUCGAUAUUAGUGAGCUUGGGCCCCCACUGAUGGUCGGCCCACCCUCUGCCUCGCUGCUCCACAAUUGGCUGGAUGUGAGACAACUGGACCCGGACAAUAUGGAUGCUCUACAGAGGGAGUUGGAGACAGGAAACCCGGAUAUGUUCUUACAGGUGUUCUCAGAACUGUAGCUAACUUUUAUAGUGUGAUUGACUAUUGUGUGUGUGUAUAACUAUUUCUUUUUAUAUCUUUUUGUUGUGGAAUCAAAAUUAAUGGCAAGUA